CUAUUCUAUGAUCACCACAGACACAAUCAUCUAUGAAUUUAGCAGAUAAGUUAACCUCAAUGUUUCAAGGUCAAAUUUGUAUUGAAUAUGAAAUAUUUUUAAUUUCAAGAUGUACAUUCUUUCUAAGCUAAUUAGAACAAAUAGUAUAUCUCAACAUCUAUCAAGGCACAAUUUGAAAAGAUUCCCAAUGAAAGGAGAUUUCAGCGCUGGCUCCAGCCCUGGAGAUGCAUGUCACAACGAAGCAUCUUGUGAUUCAGUUAAUUUUGUACCUGCUAUCAAAGUUCGGGAUGUUGUGGGUUACCAAAACCGUUUGAAUGAUUUACUCUACUGUCCACCGUUCACUGACAAAAGUCAAUCGAUUGAUGCCACUGAUUCAGAUUUUGGAAUAGUUGUAUAUUUCGGUGGAGAUAUUCAGGAUUUUCAUGAAAACAUGGUUAAAAAGGAAAAAACAAAUAAAUUCACAGUUUGGAGUUUAGAGAAUACAGCAAAACUUCUUAGUUGCCACUAUAAAACAUGCCACAUUGUUACAGUUAGACCUUUGAGCAUAGAAGAUGGAAUUUUCAGUAACUAUUCGAAUUUCGUACAAUCCAUGAAGUAUGGCAUACCCAAGUUUGUCCCAAAUCACGGCUCACUCUACCAUCUACAAAUACUCCUCAAGAACCUCCAAAUCGCAUUGAACAAUUUGGAUUACCAAGAGAUCAAGACACGGUUGGAAGACACUUGCAGAGCAUUGAAUUUUAGACAAUCCCAUUUUCCUGAAGAAACAGACUAUAAGAGGAACCUAAACGAUUGUCCCAUCUAUGUAGUUGGUUUUAGCAAAGGUUGCGUUGUUCUUAACCAGUUCCUUCACGAAUUCAGCCAUUUUAAAGACUCAAACGACGAAGAAGUAAACAAUCUAAUGGGCAGAAUCAGGGCAAUGUCUUGGCUGGAUGGUGGUCAUAGCGGAAAAGAAGGAACUUGGGUAAUCUCGGAAGAGAUCCUUGCUGAUUUUGCAAAAAUGGGCAAACAAGCAUUUGUUCAUGUGACUCCUUAUCAAGUACGUUGUCCCAGCCGACCUUGGAUAAGGCAAGAAGAAGAAAUAUUCACUAGGGUACUUACCUCAAAAAAUCUUGAUAUCACAAGAAAAUUACAUUUUGAAAAUGCUGAAUGUACUUUGGAUAAUCAUUUCCAGCUGCUGAAAGAGGUAUUUGCUCCCAAUCCAUGAAAAAUGAUGUUUAUUUCUGUAUGUUGCUUGAAUGAAACAGAAAGCAAUUCCCCAUUUGUUAUCUUUGUUUUUAAACUGUUAAUUUGUUUCAUAUUCUCGAUUGUCAAUAAAUUCAUCAGAUAUUUUGUUAAACAAUGUAUUAAAUAUAAACCUCUUUGAACAACA